AUGGAGAAACUCCAACCAAGUUCACCAGAAGCUGAAACUUGUUGUGGGUGGAUUGAAGAUAGGAUCAGUGUAUUACCAGAUGAUUUGAUCGUUGAAAUAUUGUCGCUUAUCCCGACCAAAGAUGCAGUCACCACAAUGGUUUUGUCAAAACGAUGGCGAUCUAUUUGGACGAUUGUCCCUAAAAUAGUGUGCAUGGAAAGACAUCAUGAUGGAUGCAAGAGCAUUUCACGGUUUAUUGACAAGACACUGGAGCUUCACAAGGCACCUAUACUUGAAACUUUGUGUAUCCAACUCGGUCCACAAAGUCCUGCCGAUACAGAAAUUGGAAAGUGGGUUGAAAACGCGGUUGGUCGUGGUCUGAAAGAGCUUGAAGUCGAGCUCCAAUGGACCUCAGAGCCGACCAACUUUCCUAAGAGCCUUUACAACUGCAAAACGCUUGUGAUAUUGAAGCUUUCGGACAAGAUUCUCGUGGAUGUUCCUUCCUCGGUUUGCCUCCCAUCUCUCAAAGUUUUGUCCCUUGUAAGUGUAACAUAUAAAGACGACGACUCCCUUGUUCGGCUUUUAUCAAGCUGUCAUGUUCUUAAAUAUAUGUAUGUGAAACGACAUGAAAAUGACAAUGUGGCUAAGUUCGUUGUUGAUGUUCCUUCUCUACAAUUCUUCACAUAUGAGAAUACCCCAUUGACAGAUGAAGGUGUAGGAGAACACGUUGGGUCCUUGUUCAUAAAUUCCCCAGCUCUAACGGAUUUUAACAUGCGUGAUGUGUCGGGAGAUACUUUCUUGGUCGACAACAUGCCUCACCUAGAUGUGAUGCUUCUCCAAGUUUAUUCUUACCUUGACAACAAGUUUCUGAGAUCUAUUUCCGCAGUCGCGUCUCUCACGUUCUUUUUAAUUAAAGAAACGGUUGCAAAUAAUAUUAGCACCAUUACUUUCUCCCGACUUAUAGAUUUGAAGCUAUAUAUCUUUGAGUGGUUUGAUUGGUUGAAACCAGUUAUGCUUUUUCUCAGUAAUUGUCCCAAUCUUAAAGUUCUUAGGAUUAGUUUUUUUGCUUCUCAGGGACCGUCGUUAAUGUGGAACCAUCCGAACCAACCAAGUUCUGUUCCUGAAUGCUUUUUGUCCCAUCUCAAGAUAUUUGAAUGUGUCGAAUAUAAAGACAUAGAAGAAGAAAAAGAACUUGUGACGUACAUCAUAGUCAACUCAAAGUGUUUAGAGAGGGCGACGAUCAGUGUGGCUACUACUCUUAGCCUUGAAGAGCAAGUGAAGGUGAAAACGGAGUUAGAAUCGAUGUUUAGAGUUUUAACACCUCAUUUUCUGUUCGAGUGA